CAAGUCCUUCAGUUCCCUUCCGUGGCUUCCCGUGUUCACUUCGCGAUGGGCUGGGACGUGGGCGUGAUCGUGGGCUGCGUGCUCCUGGGGCUGGCGGGCGGGGCGCCUCCUCCGGCCGAGUCUCCUUCGCUGCAGCGGCUCCACAAUCCUGCGUCAGGACCGGAAGACACUUAUCCCUCGCCUGGAAACGGAAAAGUCAACCUGGCGUGCGUGGAGUGCGAGCUGGCCGUGGACGUCCUCCAGGGCGAGCUGAACGCGGGCGUGAGUUACGAGGCCAUGGUGGCGGAGGCCAUCCUCGUCUGCUCCGGGAUGGCCGGCCUCACGGAGACCUACUGCCAGGGCUACAUUCCGCUCGUGGCGCCCAUCGUGUACCACGUCUUCACACACAAGAACGUCACAGCCAGAGACUUCUGCGGGAUGCUCAUGGCCUCCAAAGGAUGCACCUCAGACAACCCGGAGAGGGAGUGGUCGGUGGACAUCCAUGGCGAGAAACCCCCGGUGGAACCCAUCAUACUUCCUGAGCCUGACGCUCCCAAGCUGAAGGUGCUGCACCUGUCCGACACCCACCUGGACCCGCUCUACACUCCGGGCUCGAACGCUGCCUGCCCCGAGCAACUGUGCUGUCGCGAGGAAUCAGGACUCGCCGAGACCGAGGAGGACAGGGCGUGGUACUGGGGCGACUACCGGAACUGUGGGUCGCCGGCGUGGAUGCUGGAGGACAUGCUGGCCCACGCACGCAACACGCACACCGACCUGGACUACGUGAUGUGGACGGGCGACGUGGUGCCUCACAACAUGUGGUCGACGUCGCGCGAGUGGAACCUGCGGCUGGUGCGGGAGACCAACGCCCUCGUCAGGAAGUGGUUCCCGGAUGUCCCAGUCUUCCCGGUCGUCGGCAACCACGAGAUGAGUCCGCUCGACCAGUACUCCAAUCCCGGCGACGCCCCCGAGGAGCUCUCGGCGGACUGGCUGUACGAGGAGCUGGCCGCUCAGUGGGCGCACCUGAUCCCCUCCUUCAACGACUCGACGGUGCUCCACGCUGGCUACUACUCCGUCCUCAUCAAGCCCGGGUUCAGGGUCAUCUCUUUCAACUCCAUGUUUGGUUAUGGGUCGAAUAUCUGGCUGGUGCAGACCUCAAACGACCCCGCGGGGGAGCUCGCCUGGCUCGAGGACCAGCUGGCCAAGGCCGAGGCGGCAGGGGAGCUCGUGCACCUCCUCGGCCACAUCCCGCCCGGCAUCAUCGACGUCCACAGGGCCUGGUCUCGGGAGUACAACAGGAUCGUCGUCAGGUACGAGAACGUGAUCCGCGGCCAGUUCUUCGGCCACACGCACUUCGACGAGUUCCAGGUCUUCCACGACGGCGAGCGACCCGUGGGCGUGGCCUACGUGGCGCCGAGCCAGACGCCGUGGUACGACCUCAACCCCGCCUACAGGGUCUACCACGUGGACGGGGACCGGCCGGACACGACCAGGCUGGUUCUGGACCACGAGACUUACUUCCUGAACCUGACGGCGGCGGAGGCGAGCGGCGAGGCGCACUGGGAACGCCUCUACUCGGCCAGGGACGCCUACGGGAUGGCCGCCCUCACGCCCGCCGACUGGCAGGACCUGGCGGAGCGCAUGGCGGCCGACAGGAGCCUCUUCGACGUCUACUACAAGCACUACGUCAGCGCCGGGGACCCGUACAUGGCCCUGGGCUGCGACGACCUGUGCUACCAGCAGCGUCUCUGCGAUGUAGUCACUUCGAAUAGGAACGACCUGGACAGCUGCUACGAGGUCCUGCGAAAGAGCCAGCAGGCGAGGGACAGGAAGGACUAAAGGAAGAAGAGGAAGGGGGAGAGGAAGAGAGAGGAGGAGAGGAAAGAGAGACAGACACUCCCUUCCCACAAAA